AUGACCACUACAUCUGUCACCGUUAAACUUGCCACAGUCCUAGGGAUUGUUCUAGCUGUUGUCGUCAGCAGUGUGGUUUUUGCCUACAUUUGGAUUCAUAACCAGCUAUCACAGCAACGGACCAGAUGGCCCCAGCAACUUUUGGACAGUGGAGAUGAUUCCAAUGACAACAUGUACAUUCCUUGGGGACACAGCUCGAUAUCUCGCAAGACCAAGGGUUGCACUAAUGAUGAUCUGGACUCUGAUCGUCUACGAGAUCAAACCGACCUUCUUCCCUUCACUGUCUUGCAUGAAAAGACAUGGCUUGGGGAAGUAACGUUUGAGGAGGGAAACUUCUUUGUUUACAUCGAGGUUACAGUACCGAUAUAUUGGGUUAUACAUUACCUAAAGAAAAGUAAAAGAAAAGGGGGCAAAGCGAAAAACAUACCUUAG